CAUUUUCAUGACCGCCAAGGAGAUUUCUACUGUUGGUUGAAUACAACAAUGAUGGAAAACAGAAUUGUGGUAUACGAUUUGGAUCUUGACGGGUUUGACUAGAGGAAAAUUCCUUCCCUAGGAUUCCAGCUUGAAAUCGUGAUGAUAGACUAUGAUGGUUCUAUUCCAAUAAAGAAAAAAGCUGAACAGCCGAGCAAGGGAUUUAAUGGAAGAGUGGGAAAUUCUCCCUUGUCAAGUGACGGAGUGGCUACUACUCCCGAUCAAAGUAAUGUCUCUGAAAACCAAGACAAUGUUGAUGAUGUAUUCUCUGACAGUGAUGGAGAGGAAACCAUGCCUGCGAAGAGUAGUCAAGCUCGAGCAGACUCUGGAGCUGGGCCUCCUGCACAUCUUGAAUCUGGCCCAAGAGUGGAUCAUCAAAUGACGGCUUUAACACACGGGACUCAACGGCUGUCACUCGGCAAGGAGUCCAGGCAGAUUAAUGCGUCCAAUGAAGCGAAAAUUGAUGGGGCUGGGAGAUUGGAGUCGGGAAGGAUGAGUGAUGACAUCAAGGCAAUUGCAGCGGAUGCUUCUGUUUUUACUUUUGGAGAUGAUGAAGAGUUUGAAAGCGAGUGAAGUACCAUUGAGAUUCAUCUA